AGCUUGCUAUAAAACCGCCAAAGAACACCAGCCUCGUUCAACAUCGCACCUGAGUCGCCAUGGCGCCGCAAGUUGGGCAAGAGGAAUCCAAGAAAGCUGAAGCAGAACUGAACAAGGUCAGAAAGCUUCCAGAGAACAAGAGGUGCGCAAACUGCCUGGCCAGUGGCUCCCCGCUGCUGUCGGCCGUGGUGAUGCCCUUCAAGAUCUUCGUGUGCAGCAACUGCAAGUCCGCCCAUCAAGCGUUCUCCCACCGUUGCAAGAGCACCCAGAUGAGUCUCUGGUCGAUGGAGGAGGUUCGCAGCCUCGAAGAUCACCACGGCGGUGGCAACCGCGCGGCGCAGGAGACGUACCUGGCGCAGGUCAGGGAUGAGGAACGACCACGGGAAGGUGACCACUUGGACGUUUACAAAGACUUUGUGAAGAAGGCCUACCUGGAGCAACGUUGGUGUGGGCCGCCCCGGCGUGAGAGAUCUGAUCCCCCUCAGCCUGCCAGCCGCUCCAACCUCUCCGCGGCGCCGGCAGCGCCCGGUGGCAGGGCGGCACGACCGGCGGCAGCGCCGCCGGCGAGCGUGGAUUUGCUGAGCGACUUCGAACCCUCCAAACCCACACCAGCGCCGGCACCGGCACCGGCGCCGGCGGUGAGCAACGGCUUUGAUCCCAAUGUGGGAAGUGGACCAACGAACGACUUUGGCUUCGAUCCCUUCGCCACGCCGGCAGCAGUGCCACCGCCCAUGCCGGGCAACCAGAACGCGGCACCCGCGAACCAGAUGCCGAUGCAGCCUGCCAACAAUGCCAUGUCGAAGAUGAAUGCGCCAAAUGCUGGAUGUAGCCCAGGCGUUGCCACCAUGGGCUUCCAACCCUCCAUGGGGAGCAGCGCCGGCAACGCCAUGGCUCCAUCCAUGUCACCCAUGGGCUGUGGUGCCUGUGGGGCCUCCGGGAUGAACAUGAUGAAUAACAACACCAGCGGCUUUGGCGACUUUGUCAGUGGUGGCUGCAGUGGUUCUGGUGGCUGUGGUGGCUGUGGCCCUUGCACUGGCUGCGGUGGAUGCUGUGGUGGAUGUGGUGGAGGAUUUGGCUGUGGCGGUUGUGGUAGCUGCGGCUGUGGUGGCUGCGGCGGCUGUGGUGGCUGCGGCGGCUGUAGUGGCUGCGGCUGUGGUGGCUGCGGAUGUGGCAGCUGCGGCUGUGGUGGCUGCGGAUGUGGCGGCUGCGGAUGUGGCGGCUGUGGAUGCGGCGGGUGCGGAUGUGGCGGUUUCGGAGGCUGCAACAAUGGCUAUGGUUGCGGUGGCUGCAAUGGCUGCAACGGCUGCAAUGGUUUUGGUGGCUGUGGUUGCGGUGGCUGUGGGUGUGGUGGAUGCAAUGGCUGCGGUGGAUGCAAUGGAUGUUCCCCCGGGAACGGGGGCUUCAACCCACAUGCUACGAACGUGGGAGGAAGUGCCCCACAGGCUGCACCCACCCUGGCAGAUCUCAAGCAGAACUUGCAGCACCUUUAUGCAACUUGCCUGCGGUUGAUUUUGAUGAGAAGGGUGCUGCCAGGUGAUGCUACACAGAAAGGUUUGUUGAAUUUGUUCAGGACCUUUGACGCAUUGAAGGUAGCUACAUAG